AUGCAAGACCCCACCAUUGCCUCCGAGCCACUGCCCAGCGUCGUCCCAGGCGGAACGAUUUACGCGCACCAUUUCGGAUUUGUGAAGAACGGCCUCAAAGGAGCCACCUGCGCCAUCUGCUCCGAUGACCCCAAGCGACUGGGCGAGUACUUUGACUCCACGCAAGGCUUUCGCGGCCACACCAGCUCCGGUGUGCACAAGAGCAAAGCGGAGAGAGCAGUGAUUUCAAGUGGCACAUUUGUCAUUGAUGGCAUGGCCUGGUGUGUCGCCUGCGAGAAGCAGCUGGCGGCCUCUGAGGCGGCGCAACAUCAGUCCACACGUGCGCACGAGACUGCGCUUGCCCUGUGGGAGGUCACUGAUGACGAAAAGAUGUCUGGCAAGAAGCGAAAGCAGGUGGAGAAAAUUGAGCUUGGCCUGCAGGAGCACAGCCUGUUGUGGGACCGCAUUGGCGACUUCAUGCAGGCCACGGUGACUCUGUCUCAUGCACGAGAUGCUGCAGUCAAAGGCUGCCGACCCUUCUCCAGGCUGCCACCCACUGCCAAGUGA